GUUUUUGCUUUUGUUGGUAAUUUUCUGCAGUUUCACAGCAGCAGAGGCAGCAGUAGCAGUUAAACUUUAAUUCGAAAUAGUGAAAUCUCUCGGCGAAGUGUGUUUUUAUUUCUAGUGUGGCAAUCGUUGUUUCAUCCUUCGCGAGGGCGCGCCAUUACUUACAUAAGCUGGUGAAUUUCGAGCAUCUGAAAAGGCAACCGGAACCAGCGAAAAAACAAGAGCUUAGCGAUGUCGAAAGCAAGCAAAAUCAUGCUUCGAGUCCAGUCAGCUGAUGGUACCAAACGAGUCGAGCUAUAUAGCACCAGCACUCUUCGGGAAUUGUAUGAACUGAUUCACAGCACAUUUGCCUAUCAAGACUACGGAUUUGCACUGUUCAAGGAGAGAAAUGGAACGAAAGAGCUUGUCUCCAGCCGAUCUCAAACAAUCAAAGCAGCCGGCCUCAAGCACGGUGACAUGAUCUAUAUGAAAAACAUUUCAGGUCCUUCAACUUCCAGGGAACCCGAGAGAAGCUCGUCGGUUGCUUCCAAUGCAUCGAACAGUAGCUCCUCGUUCAAUGGAGCAACUGGCUUCAGUAGAGAAGCGACUCCAAGCACAAGCUUCGCAGCAGCUGCUUUGGUGGCGUUAAAUGGAGAGGAUUCGGUCGACGUAGAAUUAUAUAAACAGGAUGGACAAAUUCAGCGAAAACGCGACGAAAAAUUAUGUCGUCACAACUCGAACGGAUGCUGCGUCCAUUGCUCGCCACUAGAACCGUGGGAUGAGAACUACCUCAAAGAGCAGAAGAUCAAACACUUUUCCUUCCACUCGUAUUUGAAAAAACUCACAUCUGGCGUGGAUCGCGGCAAGUUUGUAGCGCUAGAAGAUCUCAACUGUAAAAUCAAGUCCGGUUGUCGUGACCAUCCACCGUGGCCUAAGGGAAUUUGUUCCAAAUGUCAACCUUCGGCUAUCACACUGAACCGGCAGACCUAUCGUCACGUUGAUAACGUGAUGUUUGAGAAUACGGGAAUCGUGGAGCGGUUCUUGAACUACUGGCGCACCACUGGUCACCAACGUAUCGGGAUGCUCAUCGGCUCGUAUGAAGUACAUCCGGACGUUCCGCUUGGCAUUCGUGCUCGCGUGGCUGCGAUUUACGAGCCACCGCAGGAAAGCAAUCGCGAUUCUAUCCGUCUCCUGCACGAUGAACACGAGGCGGAAGUUGAUGAGCUGGCUCAUCAGCUGGGGUUGCGUCGGGUUGGUUGGAUUUUCACGGAUCUGUUGGCGGAAAAUGCUGCCGCCGGGACGGUAAAGCAAUUGCGCGGAAUUAAGACACAUUUUCUGACUGCCCAGGAAUGCAUUCUGGCUGGACAUUUGCAGAAUAAGUAUCCGAAUCGUUGCAAGCACGCUUCCAAUGGGUACUUUGGAUCGAAAUUGGUCACCGUGUGUGUUACAGGAGAUGACAAAAAACAGGUGCACAUGGAAGGUUACGCCGUGUCAGCGCAGUGCAUGGCACUAGUUAGGGACAACUGCCUCCUUCCCACGAAGGAUGCUCCGGAGUUAGGAUAUAUCCGCGAGUCGUCGGAUAAGCAGUACGUUCCGGAUGUCUACUACAAGGAAAAAGACGUCUACGGCAAUGAAGUUCAGCGCCUGGGGCGACCACUUCCGGUGGAAUAUCUGCUGGUGGAUGUACCUGCUUCAACCCCGGUGGUUCCGCUAUUCACAUUCCACGAGCGAAAAGACGUUAGCCAGUACUUCCCGGUGGAGAACCGGCUCAUCGAUGGACACAUUCAGGAAUUUUCCGCUCUGAGUGACUAUUUAGGAAAGUCGAGGUCAAUGGACUUUUUGGAGGCAAUGUCCGAUUUCCACCUAUUGCUGCAUUUGUAUCGCAUGGACAUGUUGCCGUUGAGAUCAAAAAUGGGACCGCUGCUGGAAGCGGUGCGCAACAAGGACAAAGUAUCGGCUAAUGAAUGGAAAAAUCAGGAAGUAUGGCGAACUCUGGAAGAAUUGAUCUCAGCCAGUACACAUCAUGACGAAUCAAGUAUGAGCAGUGACGUUGAAUUUGUAUCCGCAGGAGAAGCGGAACAGAACUGGACAUGCUCUCAUUGCACAUUCAUCAACAGUCGGGAACUGCCGACCUGCGAGAUGUGCAACCUUCCUAGGGUCUAAACUACUCCUAAAUCACUGUACUCUAAUGGCUGCCGAAUAACCGAUAUCUAGCGAACCCAAUUCAGCAUUAUCACUUUGGAUAUCUCAGAUUUACUAGAUUACUAUUGGGACUCUUUGAAGGGAUGAAAAAAAUUAUAAAAUUAGUUUGGGACAAGCCAGACAAGGUGGUUGCAUGCAUAACAAGCGAGAGUUUGACUUGAACAUUUUGUUUAUUGCUUGUUCGGUAUUCUCGGACAAGAGUACAUUCGAGUGUUUGAUUUCGAAUACAACCAUCGAAUAAGUUGCGCCACGAAAAUCGAUUCUUCAAGAACUAGAAACGAGUGACUUUCGGGAUCAAUCAAACUGAAUCUUAACACUUGAGUUGAUUUAGUUGAAAAUAAUUACGUUGAAAAACAGUAAGGCCCGAAGACCCAAGAGGUGAGCAGCAGAAGUUGAUUGAAUAAAAAUAAAAAUAUUUAUUUUCCAAGUCUAAAAUAAAUAUUGAUUGAUACUUGA